GCUUGAAGAGAAAGGAGUUAAUAUAGGUUAUAUAUAAGUUAUUUAUAAAGUGAACUUUAUCAAAAACCAUCAAAAACAGUUCUUUUAAGAACUUCGCUACCACAUAGUAGUAUUUUAAUUUUUAUAGUUUUUUUGAAUCACAUUAGUGUCUGUUUUUUUUUUCUUUUUCGGGCAUUGUUCGAGCCUAUGCGGGGUUUUUCGGGCGAAUCCUUAUAUUUUUUUCAAAACGCCGAACUCGCCCGAAAACGCCCGCACUUUUUACGGCGUAUGUGGCUUAUCGGCACCCUCUUUUAUUCUCUGCAUGAUAAAACAGCAUUGAAAAGUAACUAGAUUUUGCGGAUGGGUGGGUUUAUUUUUAUUUUUUGCAAUAAUUAAAUUCUGGGGAUGACCUAAAUUUAUCAUAGCGGUUAACAAGUUUUAAAGGUACAUGUAAACACACCCUAUGUUCCUCUCUUUUUUAAAAAAAGCUUCACUAAUUUUCGAUAAAAAUUUCUUUUUUGGAAUGAAUUUGUUUCAUACUGUUCAGUGUAGUUUAUAUUUUCUGUAUGUGGUUAUAUGCACACCCAUGGUUCUUACUGCAACAUCAAAACAUGUUGACAUUUGACUAUUGUAUUUAAAUUUACCCGGAAAUUUUAAACGAAUAAUGUAAAUUUAAAAUGCUUAUGCUAAAGUAUUACGCAUCUGCACUUUUUUAAGCCACUAAUUGAUAUGUUCUCAUCUGUUAACCGACCUACUUACAGCUUCGAUUUUUAUACCUAGAGUAAUCAGACAAAAUGGUAGAUAGCAAGAAUGACAAUGUUUUGGAAGAGAGUUCUUCUGAGACUGAUUCAGAGGAUUCAGAUGAAGAAUUAGAUCCAAGAAUACAGAUGGAGUUAGAAAAGCUGAAUGCAGCAACUGAUGGAAUCAAUCAUCUAGAAACUGAAUUUGGUGAAGCCCAGGCUUUAUUUAAUCAAAUGAUGCAAGAUGCUACGUUCCAGUUAAAAGCCAUGCACCAGCAACUUGGAAAAUCGGUUGACAAGUCAAGGCCAUAUUAUGAAGCCUUGAUACAAGCAAAAUAUAAAAAAAGCCAGUUGCAUCAAGCUGCCUUAAAGUUUGAGCAAGCACAAAGUCGACAUUAUAAUGCAAAGAAACGUGUGAAAGAAGCAGAGAAAAGAGCAUUUUCAACAAAUAGCCGAAGAAUUGAUCCAGCAUUCCAAGAAAUUCUAAAUCAGGCAACAAUAGAGGUGAUGGAAGCGGCAGACGAGUCACAAAAAGCAAGAGAAAAUCAUAAAGAAGCCAGUCUCGAUGUUGAGGACAAGCAAAAGAUAGUACAAGAUUUAUAUAAUUCUUUGAAAAAGAACAUAACAAAAUCUCGACCUUACUUUGAUUUAAAAAUGGCACUAAAUAUACAACUAGAGGUGCAAAAGCAACGUCUUGAAAAGAUUCAAGAAGGGUUACAAGGCUCGAAGAAUGUUUAUUCAGAUACGCUGCAUAAUUUAGAAGUUAUUAGCGACGACAUCCAUAAAGCGCGGCGACUGAAACGGCAAUCUUUGUUGUUACCGCGAGGAGAGGGUGUUGGUGCCGAGUCAGAUUUUCCCUCCAUGCCUCACAACGCUACGAUGGAGAGGAUACGAAAAACAAACUUAGAUGAUGAUACGUUUAGUAAUUUUGACGCGCAGAGUACGGAUUCUGAAAUUUCGAACGACAACCUGUUACUAACAUCUGAUUUUGCGCGCGAAAACUAUUCGCCUAAUUCCCCUAAGAUCGAUAUUGUUUUGAGUAGCAACGGGAAAGAAAGUUCUGUUUCCAGUAGCAACGACAGUCCUUGCUCCAGCAGAUCGUACUCUGCUUCAGAUAAAGACUACUUUAAUUCCGUUGAAGACGAGGAUUUAAGAAUAUCGCAUUUGACUUUAGAUAUAGAUAAAGAUAUUAAGGAAAUCUCAAGCAAAGUGGACGCCUCUUACGAGGUGAUAACUUCGCAUAGCAUACCACACUCUCCUCCACCCUUUGAUAUUUUAGACGGUCCAAAGAAUGUUUUACAACCGGACGUAAAAAACGGAAGGAGAUCACGUAGUUUUACAGACCUGAGCCGUUUCGAGUAUUUAAUGAAUGAGAAUAGCGACUGUCUUAAGCGCUGUAACAGUGACGGAUCGACGAGAAAAAGACAGUUUGGUAGUUUUAGUUUCGUCUCUCCUCAACGACGGUAAUCGUUCAAGAAGUUAAACAACGACUAGAUUUGCGGUCGCCAGGUUUGCUACUUUACAGAAAAAUAGUGAUAUGAAUGUUUGACACUCGCAUCGCUCUGUCGAGUAACAUACAUGUUUUUUUAUAAGAAGCACGACUUUAAGUAGCAUAAUCUGGGAUAUGUAGCUACUUUUCAAACAGCAAAGUAAAUUGAAGCUGUAGGUUCAUUAACUAUCUGGGCUCUACCAGAAAAUUAAUUUUCAGUUAUGAAAAGGGGUCGCGCACCAAGAUUUUCGGAUAACUCUUUAAUGUUAAAAAACAUCAGGGCUGAAUCCAAAAAUCAUGCUUCUUAUAAAAAAAGGUGCAGAGUAUUGGAAAGUUAAGAGUUUAUAUUCAUUUGGCUGUUUUGAUUGCUGUAAAUAUAAAUAUUUUAAUAGUACACGCUUUUUUGAAUAAGCAAGACAAAACACAAGUGUUGCUUAAGUUUCUGUAUUUUACCGGCUCAACUGUGGCUUACUUGUUGCUUGUUCACUAUCUACUUAAAUAGACUAAAUUUGAAGUCUGGGUACACAAGUCUAAAUCAAACUUCUGUUUUAAUCACGUUUACUGUUAUCUAAAGCUUAAUAUGACUUUUAGAAUAUACAAUCUUGACCAGUCGUCUUGAAUUUUCAAGGUACUGUGGAAUGACAAUGUAGUAGAAAUUACCCUUUAAUAUUCUUAUCCUUUUAACUGUAUAUAUUUGAAAUCUAUGACAUUUCAGUCUUCACAAUACAAUGUAAAUAACACGAUUUUUACAGAUUUUUUUAUAUAUAUUAUACAGAGAUAUAUAACAUAUAUUUUCA